UCCAGUAACUUUGUGCCGCCUGAACCCUCACUCACAGGGCGAUGGUUCAUUACUACAUUUAAUUCAGCAGAGCACUUCCUGCUCUGCUGAAGAGCACCUCUGCUUGUGUAUGAGGUUGUGUAAACCUUUCAUAAGCUGAACUUCAGCCCCGUUAGACAUCCACCAACCUCCUCCGCCUGUCGGAGCUGGCAGUCAUUCCAGCCUUCGCUGUGAGGGAGACUGGAAGCACAGACAGCGAGUCCAGGUUGGUUCAAGAAACAUCUGCUGGCUGCUUCGCUCCCGAGAUGUACCGACUGACCCUGCUGACCCUGGCAGUCUUGCUCUGCUCGUCAUCCCUGGUAAAUGGAGGAAAAGUCUUGGUGUUUCCAGUUGAUGGAAGCCACUGGGUCAACAUGAACAUCAUCAUUGAACAGCUUCACGCCAGAGGCCAUGAAGUCACAGUGCUGCGACCUUUUGACUCUUGGCACAUCAAACCGGACUCCCUUCACUACAAGGCCAUUACUGUAAAUUCCUCAUCUGGUUUUAGUGAACAAAGCUUUGGGUUAUUUGUGAACAGAACACUGGAGUUACGGCGAGAGGGACCUUCAUUUAGGACUCACAUUUCUAUAGUUUGCAACCUACUGUCACAGUCAUACCUCAUGCAUGAGCAGGUUCUUCAAAUGACAGAGGUGAUUUUUGAAGAUAAAGUACUAAUGCAAAGCCUCCAUGAUGAAAAAUUUGAUCUGGUUCUUACUGAUCCUGCAUUUGGAGGGGGUGUUUUUUUGGGUCACCAUUUGGGUCUUCCUCUUGUCUUUAAUGUCAGGUGGACUAUUCAGGUUGAGGGGCAUUUUACAAUUGCACCCUCUCCACUCUCAUACAUCCCUGUACCAGGAUCAGAGUUGACCGACAGGAUGACAUUCAUUCAAAGGGUCAAUAACUUCCUCAUUUAUAUUGUGACAUGUAUCCAAUUUUGGUACGUUGUGGAACCACUCUACCCAGAAUUUGUACAUCGUCACUUUGGCAAAGACGUAGAUUACAUAGAGCUGUUUCAAUCAGCCGACAUCUGGCUGAUGAGAAACGACUUCACCUUUGAGUUUUCACGACCAACAAUGCCAAACAUCAUCUACAUGUCAGGAUUCCAGUGCAAACCCUCCAAACCUCUCCCCAAACAACUGGAGGAGUUUGUACAGAGUUCUGGAGAACAUGGUGUCAUUGUGAUGACAUUGGGGACAUUGGUAGAAAAACUCCCUGAGGACAUCACUGAAGGGAUUGCUGCUGCUUUUGCUGAGCUUCCCCAGAAGGUGAUCUGGAGGCACAAAGGAAAGAAACCAUCCACCCUUGGCAACAAUACCCUAAUCUUGGACUGGUUACCCCAAAAUGACCUCCUUGGCCAUCCCAAAACCAAAGUGUUUGUGGCUCAUGGAGGCACCAAUGGAUUGCAAGAGGCCAUCUAUCAUGGCGUUCCCUUGGUUGGCUUGCCCCUCAUGUUUGAUCAGCCAGACAACGUCUUCAAGAUGGCAUCAAGAGGGGUGGCCAAAGUCCUGGACUAUGGAACUGUAAAUAAAGAUGUCUUCUUGGAGGCUCUGAAAGAGGUUCUCUAUGAGCCUUCAUACAGAGAGAAGAUGAAGGAGCUGUCCAGUCUCCACAGGGAUCAGCCCAUGAAACCUCUGGAUCGAGCCAUGUUCUGGAUCGAGUUUGUCAUGAGGCAUAAAGGAGCGGCCCAUCUGAGGACUGAGUCCUACAAGAUGUCCAUGAUCCAGUACCACUCUGUUGAUGUUUUGGCAUUUCUGUUGGCAAUUAUUCUGCUGCUCUUAACUAUUUUUAUUUCUGUAGUGAAGUGUUUAUGGAGGAGAGUAAUCAACAGAGUCAAGGCCAAAAACGAAUAAUUUCUCUGACAUUACACAUUCAUACUUGUUGCUUAUCUUAUCCAACUGACUGCCUUGUGUUUUAAAAAACUUUAAUAGAGCUAUCAAGUUAAAUGCACGUCUAAUGUCCAUCAUUAAACUGCUUUUUUCUAGGAAUGUCAUUAUCCUCUAUUGUUUAUGGUUAUUUACCUCACUUUGCAGAAUUAUUUAGUUGUUUGGUCAAGUUUGGUGAAAUGGAUCUUUUUGUAUGAAACAUGUUUAUGUUUUCAUCUUAAAACUUAGUAUUUGUGAGUAUGAUAUUGUUGCAUUCUCUUUUAUAAACCAAUGUGUAACAUGUAAAUCAGUUGAAAUUGUUGAUAUAAUUUCAGUAACUAAACUAAGCUGGAGCACUCUUUUAUAAGCUGUUGCACAUUCAGAUUCUCUGAAGUAUGUUAACAGUUCUCUGUAACUCCUUUUUAUCUUUUACCUUUAAACUGAACUCAAAUCUUUGGGAUUUUAUUGUCUCAUGUUCAAAAAUGUGUGUAAAUACUUGUAUCAUCAAAAAUAAAGGUACAAAACAAAAAUUGCAUGAUGGCUGAAGAAAGGGAUAUAAUCCUUGUUUCAUACAUGUUAACAUUUUAGUUUGAUAACAAGCUUUAGUCAGCAUUACUCUUCAGUGUAUCAAAGCAAAAUGCAAUAAAAACCUCUAUUAAGAUGCAGAGGUGAGUCUUCUAGCCAAAGAUUUUAUUGAAGUAAAAGCAAUGGAGUAAACGUAAUUCAACACUACACGCCUCUAAUUAGAUGGGUUUUUUUAUUUUUAUAUUGCUUCUAAUCCCCAAAAAGUCACAUGCAGUAUAACAAACCUCAAUGAAUACUUAUUUCCAGUUCCAACAACAACUCGUUCUUCUAGGUUUUUUCUGUUUGUGUCACAUUUAUAUUUACUCAGAUUAUUUCUAUUAGUUAGAUCAGAGAUAUUUACAAUACCUUCAAAUGACGAUUUCAUUUCUAAAGGAGAAAAAACCAAUGUAAACCAACCUGACCAUGUGUAAAAAUGUAAUUGACCCUGAUCCUAAUUGGUUUUUCCACUCUGGUACUCUGGAGCCCUAAAGUCUCCAGAGAACCUGAUAGACUCAGUUCAAGUGGGGCCCAAAAUUGCAACAUGUGUUACAUUUAAGCUGCAGUGGUUCACGUUCACUUUGCACCUUGUCAAACAAACCAGACCCUUUGAGCUACCUGUUCACCCUCUCAACAGGAGGGGAGCUCCACCAAAAAACACUGAAGGAAAUAACAUGAAAACCUCUGAAGGAAACACUGAGCAC